CAGCAAAAAAUUAGUGACUUUCGAAGAAAUCGAUCCUAGUUUGACAUCAUGUUUGAAAAAGCCCAAAAACCAUGAGAAAGAUGAUACUAAUAAGAGUACAGUAACGCAAACAAAUGAUGAAUCUGUUGCUUCAAACAAUAAAAUUAAGAAUCGAAAAAACGUAGUAAUAAAACAUUCUAAAGAUCAAAACAAAUCACGACAAAAUAAACAUGAUGAGGUUAUUCCUAUACGAACUGAACACAAAUUGUACAAUUUUCAUAUUCCACCACAACCGAAAGAUUAUCCGACAGCUUUAAGAUUUAGCACCCAAGAAAUUACAGUGAUUUUUAUUUUAAUGUUAUUGGCUUAUUAUUCCGGGAAAUUAAGCCUUUAUUGGGAAUAA